AUGUUCAAUGCGACGACCAGUCAACAAUCGUGCAAUAUUAUCAAUGACAACAAGAAUAGCUUUAGUAAAUUAUUGUUUUAUCCUGGUAUUGCAGUUAUUGUGGAUAAUCGUGCAGAUUUAAGCAUACCAUCACGAGUACUUAACGUUCUCAUACACAUUCCAAAUACAUGGCCAAUACAAAUUAUUCAUGGUACAUCAAAUUAUCAAUAUUUAACUGAAUGUGAAGAUUUAAAACCAUAUAUUGAAAAUGGACGAAUAAUUUUAACAAAAUUAUUUAAUGAACAAUUAUUUACAUCACCAAAUAGACUUUUUACAAAUAUCAAGUUUUAUGAACAAAUUAUAGGCGAAAAAAUUCUUUUUUUUCAACUAGAUUCAUUAUUUUGUUCAAAUUCACCCCAUAAAUUAACAGAUUAUCUCCAAUAUGAUUAUAUAGGUGCACCAUGGCGUAUGACUUCAGAACGUGGUGUGGUCGGUAAUAGUGGCUUUAGUUUGCGUACACGAUCAAAAACAAUUGAGCUCUUAACAAAACAUCCAUAUAAUUUUUAUAAAAAUGAAGACGAAUGGUUUGGUUUACAUUUUCAUUUAGUUAAUGCUAAUAUAGCGUCUGCACAAGUAGCUGCAACAUUUUCAGUUGAAACACAAUAUUAUCCAAAACCACUGGGAGUUCAUAUGCCUGGAAAUUAUCUGAAUAUGACAGAUUAUAUGAAUUUGUGUAAACAAUGUCCAGAAGUUCGAAUGAUUUGGCCUUAUUGUCAAAAUAAAGCCUCACUAGCUAAGUGA